AUGAUGCAGAUGGACAGAAUCCCGGCCGUUAGUUGGGAGGAAUGGUGGACUUAUGAUGGAAUAUCCGGACCUGCCUUCUGGGGCCUUAUCAAUCCGGAAUGGUCUCUGUGCAACAAAGGCCGCCGGCAGUCCCCGGUCAACCUCGAGCCGCAGCGGCUCCUGUUCGAUCCGAACCUGCGCUCGCUGCACAUCGACAAACACAGAAUAAGUGGUACCAUAGCAAACACCGGUCACAGUGUGAUCUUCACAAUCAACAACGAGACGGCCGUUCCGGCCGGAACACCACAGGUUCCGGUGAACCUUACCGGAGGUCCACUUUCCUAUCGGUAUCGGUUUCACGAGAUUCACAUACACUACGGACUGCACGAUCAGUUCGGAUCGGAGCACAGUGUGGAAGGUUAUACGUUUCCCGCUGAGAUUCAGAUCUUCGGUUACAACUCGCAGUUGUACUCGAACUUCAGUGACGCAGUCUUCCGGGCGCAGGGCAUUGUCGGGGUGGCAAUCCUGCUGCAGCUUGGUGACCUAUCGAACCCGGAGCUGCGAAUGCUAACCGAUCAGCUGGAGCGAAUUCGGUUCGGCGGAGACGAAGCGCUGGUUCGCCGGUUAUCCGUUCGAGAUCUGCUGCCGGACACCGAACAUUACAUGACCUACGAGGGCUCGACGACGGCUCCGGCCUGCCACGAGACGGUAACGUGGAUCGUGAUGAACAAACCGAUCUACAUCACGAAGCAGCAGAUUCAUGCCUUGAGACGACUGAUGCAGGGUGCAUCCGAUCAUCCGAAGGCCCCACUGGGCAACAACUUUCGACCGCCGCAGCCUUUACUGCAUCGUCCGGUGAGGACGAACAUUGACUUUCGAAACAAACAGGAAAAGGGGGGUAAAAUUUGUCCAACUAUGUACAAGGACGUUCACUAUAAAGCUAAUAGUUGGAAACACAACUAA